AUGUUACUGAAUAUACAAGACGGGAAUGUGCUAAUUCAUGUAUCAUACCCGUUAGUUUAUCCAGUGAUAUCAUCUACAGAAGCUCCCAUCGAAAGUCCCGUAAUGUUUCAGAUUCCCCAAUUAAAAGUUGAUAAACCUAAAGAAUUUCUUUUCCAACCCGACUUCGCUGGUGGUGUUCAUGGAUAUACUGUCAGAAUACGACUAGUCGUUGAAGUCCAGAACCCACCCAAGCCAGUAUUGCUGAUGUUUUUCAUGGGUACACCAUCAGCAACGAUUCACACGGAAUAUAAAGAAUUUUGGCCGCUCUCGGCUUUCGUGGGUAUACUGUUUGGUGGAUGUAGUUCAGAAGUGUCAUCACCAAUACUAUAUUCACGAUUGCUAUCUGCAGCCUAUCCUCAAAUGCUGCUAUGUCUCGCUUUAUCGAUGUAAUCGAAACCCUCACGAGUCAAUUCUGCUGAUGUUUUCCAUGGAUGUACCGUCAGGCUGUUUCAGAAUGAACGGCGAUAUUCAUUUAUCCCUGUGCGCUCACCAUUUCACUUUUUAUUAAGCUUUGUAGUAGAUAGUUCUUAA